AUGUCGCUCCAAUAUGGGAUCGAGGAGCCCAGCUUACUGGGAAAUGGCUGGUACUGCAUGUACAAAACAAAUGAUAAGGUCGACUUUGCGAAGAAAGAUUUCGAACUCGCCAUGCUUAACGUUGUUCGACACCCAAAUAUUAAUUCAACCGUGAUUCUGCGAGCUGAUAUGCUGAAAGAAUGGGAAUACGAUGUCGAAACCGGCAAAGAAAUAUCCUUCGAGAGAGAGGAACACCAUGUGGCAGAUCCAGAAUCUCAGGUCGUGAACGUAGACGACCUCGAAGUCCGCAACAUUGAGAUUUCUGCAGAUCUGAAUCUGUCCGUUAAAGUCGCCAUGGUACGUCGAAUAAUUCCUCGUAACCCAUACAAAGAUGCCAUAAUAAACCAGACGUGCUUGGUGCUAAAUUCAGCGACAACUCCUGAAACUUCACUCAUUGUUUACACGCCGCAUUUUGAUCAGAAAAUAGAGUGCCCUUUUUACAUCCCACAUGUCAAGGCUGUGGCUAUCUUGUUGCAUGAAGGCCACCUUUCGGUUCACUAUGUACCCUUCGCGGAACAGGACGUAGUGGAGCUCAAAGAUGAGGGAGAGAGGGUCGUAAGAACUGCUCGUCGCCUUCUGCAGACCGCUCACAAACACUCAACCGGCGUGAAACUUGGAUACGAGAAGAAAGUUGCACACGACGUGGUCGUAGAUAAGGUAUUGUUCCAGGACCGAUAUAUUGCGUUAAAAAAAAAGCACUCUCGCUUUUUGGUUGAUAAUUGGGCAGAAAGCACAGAUCCAAAGAAACAUGUCUUCGAAGAUAUAGCGAUCGCGGCAUUUUUGAUAGAACUUUGGGUCAAAAUUUAUGGAAACGAUUUCAAAAGUAAGAUGCAAUUCAGGGACCUCGGAUGUGGCAAUGGGGCAUUAUGCUAUGUUCUCAUCCUGGAAGGCAUUAAAGGAAUUGGCAUUGACGCCCGGCAACGAAAGUCAUGGAAAAUUUACCCGAAGGAAGUACAAAAGUGCUUGCAAGAACAAGUUAUCAUACCUUCCAUUCUCCUGCGACCACAUCCUGAAGUUAAGAAGAGGGCACCAGAACUAGAGCACAAUGGCAGGUACUUUCCCAUCAAGAUACAAGAUAAAAUUGGGCCUGCUACUGUUGUUUAUUCGAGUGAGGAUCUUCUAAAAUCAACGAGCGUCAAUGUUACAGAAUUUCCACCUGAGACAUUCAUAAUCGGUAAUCAUUCUGACGAACUCACAUGCUGGAUUCCACUCUUGGGAUACCCCUUCGUCGUAAUUCCCUGCUGCUCUCACAAUUUUUCCGGCCAGAGGGCCCGCUAUUGUGUAAGAAAGGGACAUGUUAAGAAUGGCAAUAGCAUGUAUGCUGGCCUCGUGGAUCGUGUAGAUGCUUUAGCAACACGGGUCGGAUGGGACGUAGAGAAGGAAAUGCUUCGGAUUCCAAGUACCAGGAAUGCUGCAAUUGUGGGAACUAAAAAUUCUAAAUUGGAUCAGUGGCCGACCCAAGAAGUUUACGACACUAUCUUAGAAGGUGGGGGCGCUGAUGGGUGGAUCGAAAAUACGAUGGCUUUGACUAAAAAGUCGCCACGGAGUCAUUGA